ACUGAUACUGUUACUACCUCUACCAUUCUGGUAUUUGGCCUGAUGAAUUCGUCUCUUUGUGCUAAUGGGGCAUGGCAACUUGACCUAAUGUACAUAUGUUUAGGUUCUACGUUAUGACUGACUGAUUGAGUUUUAUUUAUUCACUCAACGUGUCUAAAUAGUCUUAGGUCUUAUUAUAGUCUUUUUUCAUACAACUACGUAUCAUGUACACUAUGUUGAUCAGUAGAUCUUCAGGGUAGAGAUCAAUCUUGGGAGUCAUUGCAAAACAAAUUCGGACAGAAAUUAUAACUGGACAUUACUGAUGAACGCCACACAUAGUCGUCACCAUGAAUGACAGUUCUUUAUAAGACUUUAAAUAACUGUUAGUCCAAAGAGUAUUUUCACCCCGAUUAUAUAUAUGAUCAGGUACUCCCAUAUUGACUUUAGUUAACGUAGUCAUUAAUUAUUGGAAGCUGACACUAGGUUUCCAGCUGUGAUGUCUCUCCCGUAAGGUUCCAAGAUUCCAACUUUCAUAUUUUUAUGACUUACUCAAAGGGAUUUUCUUCCUUCCCCAUUAUCUGUACAUUUGGUUAAAUUGGGCUUUAUUGUGUGUACUUUCUUUAAUGUGUUAUGUCCUAAUGUUUUGUGGUAAAGAUGUAUGUUAGACAUCUAAAAGUCCUGUAUCUAAAUAUAUUUAUUCUGUAUUCAGCGAUCUUUUAUUCAUACAACUUGGUUAUUGUUGACAAACUUGUGCAAUAAGUAACAGAUUCUCCAAGCGCUUUUCUAGUUGUAUCGUUCAAGUUAAUGAGGAAAAGAAAAUGCUUCUGGAGUAGUUUGCAUCAUCAAAGUGUAUAUUAGUUCAGGUUCACUCUGUCACAGAAAUUAGGGACUUAAAAGUUGCACCGAAGUAUGUGCUCAAAGUUGUUCCAUAGAGACUGUUAAUUAUCGGCACUCGCAAUUCAUCGACUAAGAUCCUAAUGAAUACAGACAUUUAUAGAUUCCUCAUCCAGAUUUGCAUGUAACUUAAAUGAAUUGGCUGCUCUUCUGUGAUUUUAAGUUAUUUUAGACCGCUGUAAUUUUUUUUAUUUUCGCUCUAACGAUUAAUGUUAAUGCUAUUUGUAGUCUAAUUGUCUUAAGUGACUUUUCCAUUGUGAAAGCAGGAAUGGUUAGAGCGCUGGGAAAUUUCUUGAAUACUAGAUCAAUCUAAUGGUUGUAUCUAGUUACUGCCUAAUUACGAACAGCAGGAAUUCAAUGGUCCAUAAAUACAUUUGUUUCAAAUAAAACGAUUGAUUUUAACUUCCAUCUCAUCUUCGGUAAAAACAACUGGUCGUGCAAAUAUGAUCUGCAACUUAGUUUAUGAAGUUUUAGACUGUUGGAGCUCACUACCGUUGGUGUUUUGGGCGUUCUAGAUCGUCCUGACUUACCAAAUAGCUGCUUACAUAAAGUUGUAUCUAACACGGCCGGUUUGAACCAAGCGUUCCAUUUUUUCUGGUCAAUUAUAAUUACACAAUUAUCCGUCAAUAGCCUAAGAAAAUGUUCGGAAGUUUUUUGAAGACCGUCACAUCGGAUGGUCAAAAACUGUUAUAAGAAUGAAGAAAACAACUGCAUCUGGGGUUUUUUAGAAGCUAUUUUAGUUCUCUCAUGUCAUCAAUAAAAAAAGUUUCACGUCAGAAAACCAAUCCUAGAACACUCGGGUUAACAUUUUGAAAGUGAAUUCAGUUGGUGUGGUACUCCAGCAGCUUCGACUUCAAAUUGUGUCCUAUGAUUCAUAAAUAUACACACCGAAAAGUAAAGAUUUAUUAGAAAUUUAAAUCACCAAGGAAUAAAUUCAGCAUUCUUGUCUAGAAGGAAUAUAACAGACUGAAAUUACUGAGUCACUCCAAAACAAAAUAGUCAUUGUACCUAUCGCUAAAGCAUCAUACGUAGUGUAUGUGAAAUUCGUCCAAUAUAAAUUUAGUACCUGUCCCGUCUAAAAUAAUAGCUGCAAUCAAAGUGGAGGCAAUAUACUAAACAAGUGAGAAAUUGGCCAUCAACGAGCAGAUUUAUCUUCAGGUUGUGGAUGAAUGGUUCAAGUGUCCAACCUCAACUAUAUGUCUUAAUAAUCACACAUUUUAUGUUAAUAGUUUUGUAGGUCCUGAUAUUAUUAGGGAUUUUUUUAUUCGUCAGAUGAAACUGCUCUGGAAAGAUGACUUUUAACAUGUUCUUUAGCAUCUCAAAGCCUUAUAGAGGAAAGUAAGCUCCCAACCUCACUCCGAAUGAUGAAACACAAUGAAUAUUCUCUGUCUUCAAAUUGAUCAAGGGUCUAGACAAUGUUGCCUAGUUUCAUCAUUUCCUCUGUAACUAUUGCACGUAUAGCGUAUGAGAUUAGUAUUAUAUCUACAACUUAUGAAAACACUAAAACUUCAGCUUGUUGACUAUAUUAUCUUACUGUGCGGUCCCACAAGCCUUGCAAAUCGGUAAAUAAUCUGACGUUUCCUGGACUACAUAAAGUCACAUCGAUCUGAAUAUAUCUAUAUUAAUCAAGUAGUUGUAUGCUUAAUGUCCUUGGUCAAAUCGUGGGACUGACACAAGUAAGAGGUAUGUAACCUAACCAUAUCUUAUAUCGCACUCCAUCCUGUUACUUCCGUAAGUCAGUUGCAUUGGAAAAAGUGUACUGGGUCACUCAAGUGGUGUAUUCUCAUUUUCUACUCAUAGUCAAGUUCUAAAUUUCAUGUUAGUUAUUUCAUAAUCAGUGUUUAUUGGUAUAGUAUCUUCAUUGCACCUUUCAGGUGUAAAGUAAUUUCAUAAGAUUAAUAGAAGUUCAUGUUCGUAUUAAAUCAUACGAUAGAACUGUCUUUGCAUUUAUUAGCUAUAUAUUAAUGGUGGCAUGACAGACAAAACAAAUCUCUAUACAACGAAAGUAAGGAAGUUUCAUAUCAUUUUUGAAGUAAUCGUACCAAUGAUAAUCGGCUGUGCAACUCUUCAAUGAGAGAAGCUAUAUUACACAUCUAUGAAACCUGAUGUCCACAAGCUAACGGUGCAGACUUCUUUUGGGCUCAGGGCAGACCGCUUUUUAGUGAUUACGAUUUCUAUUUGAGUAAUCCAGAUACCCUUAACGUAUGGUAUCUCACGGACUGAAUAAAGCAGAGAAACAGUCCAUAAGAUGGUGCUGUGAGACUAAAGAUAACUUCGUCAGAUUAACAUCUUUCGACUUAUCAGAACCCCGAGAUUACACAUCUGUGAUGUAAUAGGACUCAAAGUUAAAGUUCAUGACAGUUCAACUUCGUACUUUAGUCUUCAGCAUCAAUAGUAAAUUGAAAUUUGAAGUGAACUAAAUCCUUAUCUCACUACUGCUCAUCAUGAUUUUUUCGUUCUGUAUAAUGGUUACUUCAUUAAAAUGCUACCAUAUUUGCAUGUUUCAUUUUUUUUUUCUUUGAUUAGUCAUAUUUUUUCUAGAUAUUUCGCAUAUGAAUGAUAACUUUAGUUUUACAAUAGGAAUCUAGUCAACUGUCUAUUAGUUGUAUUCUGAAACUUAUUCAGUUAGUAUUUGGAAGGAUCAUUCUCAUAAGCAACAUGGUCGUUUAUUCAGUCACCUUUGUCAUUCCAUUAGUUUAUCAAUCAGUUUUUAUGUUUUCUGGGCGACCCUACAAGACAUGACUCAAAAUCAAUUACAAUAGUGAUUUGCGUGGAUUUUUCUAGAUCUCGAAUAUUUUAUUACUCAUUUUUCUCUUCUUUAGAUACCUAAUCGUUUUAACAUAAGUACCUCUGGACGUUAUUAGAUAAUGUUUUUGUGUGACAGCGUAUCUAUCUGGUGGCCCAUUGGAAGGAAUUAUAAAUGCAAAGCAAUUAGUAAUUAUCUUAGGUCUAUUUGCUGUGUUUGUUUUUUGUCAUUUUUAAAAAAUUAGUUAUAUGGUCUGUUUAUUCAAAUCAUACGUAUUUUUAAAAAAACAAGUAAAUUUAAAUGAACACUUUCAUUCAUGUACUUGUAUAGUUACAUUAUUGUUAGUUAAGAAAAUUACAUCUGUAGAUUAUUAUACUGGAUUGAAAAGCUUUCAUGUUAAUUAACUAAUCUAAUGUACAGAAUAAUCCAUCAUUAUAUUACUAUUAAGUGUCACAAACAAAAUAACCGUCAAAACUAGAAUAGACUGCUGCACUACUUUUUUUGGUCAUUGAAAUAAAUAUUCACCAUUUUGAUGUAUUUACCGUUUUUUAUCUGCUCUAUAUUACAUUCUUCCUUAUGGUUUAGAUCUCAUCAUCAGUUAGUAAAUGGCUAUACUACUGUGAUUACAACUGAUAAUAUUCAACCUCCAAACGGAUCUGAUUCACACACGGAAUUUAACAUCUCUAGUGCGCCUAGAGUGCCAGCAAAUCAACAUGAUAGGGAUUUCUGGUCAGCUUUAAUAGGAUCUCUAUUUGGAUCCCAUAAAUUUUCAUCUACAAGGAAUACUUUAGCAACUGUUGACUCAACUUCUAGAGGUCAAGAUGCAGAAUUACCUGACAGGCAACGCCCUUUAAAUGAUUGGACUGAAGUCGAUGGUUUCUGGGAACCUAACAAUCUAUCUGCUUCCUCUUCACUGUCAAAUUCUAAUGUUAAUUCCCAAAAUACUCAAAUUGAUUUGUCGUUACCACCAGGUUGGGAAAGACGUUUUGACAAGUCAACUCAGAAAUAUUAUUUUAUCAACCAUAAAUGUAAAAUCACUCAAUGGGAGGAUCCACGUGAACGUGGAAUGGAUGAAACCCAACCUCUCCCGCCUGGAUGGGAGAAACGUUAUACCGCCCAAGGACAAAGGUUUUUCAUUGAUCAUAAUACCCAUACUACUACCCUUGUUGAUCCACGUACUGGACAACAUGCUGGUUCAUUGGGUAGUAUGGGAGUCCCAUUGCAAUAUGAAAGAAAUUUUCGAUCCAAAGUCAAUUAUUUUCGUGCUUGUUGUACAAAUGCCAUGUUAAAUGGGCAGACUAAACUUCUUAUAUCAAGAGAUAAUUUAUUAGAGGACUCGUUUCAACUGGUAUCCCAAAUGUCUCCAUCUGGUUUAAGAAGACGUUUAUCUAUAACAUUUCUACAUGAAGAAGGUUUGGAUUACGGUGGAGUAGCCAGAGAAUGGUUCUAUCGUCUUUCAAGAGAAAUUUUAAACCCAAUGUUUGGCUUGUUUGAGUAUACUGGAACAGAUUAUGCCUUACAAGUAAAUCCAGCCUCUCAUGUUAAUCCAAAUCAUAUGGCGUAUUUUCGAUUCGUUGGACGCUUUAUUGGUAUGGCACUUUUUCAUGGUCGCUGCAUUGAUGGUGGGCUUACUCUUGCUUUUUAUAAACAAAUUUUGAAGCGGAAAUUAACAUUAGAAGACCUUGGCCAUACGGAUCACAGUUAUUAUCAAUCGUUAAUUUAUGUCAGAGAUAAUCCAGUUGAUGAGUGUGAUUUGGACUUGUACUUUAUUGGAACCUAUGAUCUUUUAGGCGCUUUGCGUGAAGACGAACUUAUUGAAGGUGGCAAAGAUAUUAAAGUGACUGAGGAAAAUAAAUCCGAUUAUAUCAGACUGAUGGUUGAUUGGCGAUUCAACAGAGGAGUAAAAAAACAAACAGAAGAAAUUCACAAAGGUAUUUUUGAAGUACUAAAUCCCGAGUGGCUGGAAUUAUUCGAUGAGCGUGAACUUGAACUCCUAUUAUCCGGUAUGCCAGAGAUCGAUGUUGACGAUUGGGAAAAGAAUACGGUCUACAUAAAGUACACACGAUCAAGUAAACAGAUUAUUUGGUUUUGGAAGUUGAUUCGAAAACUUGAUAAUGAACAUCGUGCUCGUCUUCUACAAUUCGUCACAGGUACCUGUCAUUUACCAUUAGGAGGCUUCUCUGAAUUAACUGGCAGUGGUGGUCGUCAGUUAUUUUGUAUAGAGCGUACAGGCGAUGAACAAUGGCUACCACGUAGUCACACAUGCUUCAACCGGUUAGAUUUACCGCCAUACAAUUCGUACGAUCAAUUGUGCGAAAAACUGCAAAUGGCAAUUGAAGAAACUAAGGGAUUUGGGCAAGAAUAAAUCUAACCUCCUCUAUGACUUUCCCUUAAAAACACUUAAAUUAUAAUGUUAUUUUUAUUGUGUAUAUUCCAGUAAUCAUCUAUCACAGUAAUGAUUGAUGAGAAACGUUUUGUGGAGGUUAGGGUAGGCGGUGAAGUGGUAAAAUCAGUGGUAUACUGUGUUUUGAAUAAACUGUGAUCUAUUACCAAUUAGUAAUCUUUUUUUAGUAUGUAAUUUCCGUUUUCUCUUUUCGAUUUCCAUUAUUAUUAUUAUUAUUAUUGUCUCUGGGUAAUGAAAAUUAUUUUAUUAAAUAUUUUUUUCUAAAUUUUGUUUUACUGAUUUUGUCUUCAAUUUACAUACGAUACUCUCUACAUAUGUGUACCCAAAGGUAUGUUUUGCUUUUAUGCUAAAUUAAUCAAACAAAUUAUGUUCGUUUGUUUGCGAACAAAACGUGUCAGAUGAUAUGGCUCUCGUUACUUUCCCAGUUGUCAAUGAAUUGACCUUAUCAUUGACUGACUUAAUUAGACUAAAAACACAAUGCAUCA